AUGGCCGGAGACGAAGAACACGAUGGCGCUUCCGUUAAGGAAAUCCUGAUCGAAGCUUGCCGUCGCAACAAUGUCGAUCUUCUUGACGAAUGCCUAGAGGAGAAGACCGACGCCGAAAUCUCCAAGCUCCUCAACGAGACUACAACCGUCAUGGGCAACCAUCUUUACCACGAAGCCGCCUCCCGAGGAAAUUACGAAAUCAUCGACCAUCUCCUCGACCAACCAGAAUUUGAGUGCGAUCCUGUAAACCGUCAGGAAGGCGACACGCCGCUUCACACUGUCAUUAGAUGGAUAAACUCGGAGCCUCCUGCUCAGCGACCUUUCGGCAACGCCCUCGUCGAGAUGAUGCUUGAGGCCGGUUCAAGCACCCGUGUCAAGAACAAGGCUCGCCUCACUCCAUACCAGCUCGUUGAUCCCACCAACACAGAACUCCGCGAUCUUAUUCAGAAGCACGAAUAUGCGAACCAAAACGCAGGAGACUUUAUCAACGUGAAUAACUCGGCUAGCCAGGGUGCUGUGCUUGAUGUUCCAGAUGAGAGUGAUGACGAUGCUGAGUUCAGCGGUAGUGACGAAGAGGAGCGUGCUGAGUGGGAGAGGAGGCGGAAGGAGAGACAACGCAAAUAG